CCUCCAGGGCAGAGCASCCCAUCCGCAGUGUGUGCGCCCGGUUUGUGUCAACUUGACGAGUCGAGAUGGCAAAUGUGUUGAGAAAUUCCGCCAAAUUCGGGUUUUCAGGUGUGUUGUCCCAGUUGUCCAUCCACAGUAGACAUGGGAGAGAGUGUGUGUCGCCGUGCUUCUCUCUGCAGCAGAGGAACAACUCUACCUCAACUAAGGUCAAGGUGGAUCUGGACAGCAGUACAG